AUGGCAGGAAGAGAAAGUAAUAUCGUUAAGAUAGUUGGUAUUGAAAACUAUGAGAAAAUUAGAAAUUGUAAAUGUCUCUUAGUUGGUGCUGGUGGUAUAGGUUCUGAAUUAUUGAAAGAUUUGAUUCUAAUGCAAUUUGGUGAAAUUCAUAUCAUCGAUUUAGAUACUAUAGAUCUUUCAAAUUUAAAUAGACAAUUUCUAUUUAGACAGAAAGAUAUAAAACAGCCAAAAUCCACUACUGCUGUGAAGGCUGUUUCUCAUUUCAGUAACUCAAAAUUGAUUCCAUAUCAAGGGAAUAUUAUGGAUACCAACCAAUUUCCAUUACACUGGUUUAAUCAGUUUGAUAUCAUUUUCAAUGCAUUGGAUAAUUUGGCUGCAAGACGUUAUGUUAAUAAAAUUGCUCAAUUCCUUUCGUUACCAUUAUUAGAAUCAGGUACUUCAGGUUUUGACGGCUAUAUUCAACCUAUUAUCCCACAUUUAACUGAAUGUUUCGAUUGUACUAAAAAGGAAACCCCUAAAACCUUUCCUGUUUGUACCAUUAGAUCAACACCAAAUCUACCUAUUCAUUGUAUCGUUUGGGCUAAAAAUUUCUUAUUUAAUGAACUAUUUGCCUCGUCGAUAACUGAAAACAAUCAAGAUGAACAAAGGUUAGAAGAUAAACAAGAUUGGGGUACUGAAGAUAAAGAAGAAAUAGAAAGAAUAAAGCAAGAAACUAAUGAGCUACAUGAAUUGCAAAAAAUUAUUUAUUCAAAAGAUUCAUCUAAAAUAGUAAAUAUUUUAGAAAAAUUAUUCAUUCACGAUAUUGAAAAAUUAUUAUUAAUUGAAAAUUUAUGGAAAACAAGGGAAAAACCAACAUCCCUAACAUUGGAACAUAUUGAAUCUUCCAAAAAGAUAGAUGUUUCAAAAUUAAAAUUAGAUCAAAUAUGGUCUUUGGAAGAACAGAUUGCUAAAUUUAUUAAUGUAACAGAAAUUUUAAUGAAUCGUUAUUCCAUAGAAAAGUCAAUUGAAUUUGAUAAAGAUGAUGAAGAUACUUUGGAAUUUGUAGUGACAGCUGCAAAUAUUAGGUCGUAUAUUUUUGGUAUUUCAAUGAAAUCAGUAUUUGACAGUAAGCAAAUUGCCGGUAAUAUCAUCCCAGCAAUUGCAACAACAAAUGCUAUCAUUGCCGGUUUAUCCUCUAUAGUUUCAUUGCGUGUUCUAAAUCUAUUGAAUUAUGCAAAUGUAAAGAAGCCUACCGAUAUAAAUAUGGCAUUUACUUCAAAAGCAAGUAAUAUUUCUAAUCAAAGAUAUCUAUCAAAUCCAAAUUUGUCAAAACCAAACUGUAACUGUGCUGUAUGUUCCAAAGUCUGUCGUGGUGUUCUAGAAGUUUCUACUGUCAAAUUACAGACAUCAACUCUAGGCGAAUUAAUUGAACUGAUUAGAACAACAUUCAAAUACCCGAAUGAUGUAUCCGUAUUAGAUGUUAGUGGUCAAAGAUUACUAGCAGAUUUUGAUUUUGAUGAUUUAUUAGAUAAAACACUAGAAGAUUUAAAACUAGGGGAAGGUGAUGUUUUAUUGUUUACUGAUGAUGAAGGUGAUGAGGAUUCUAAUCAAUUUAGGAAAUCGCUAGAACUUUAUAUCGCCGUUGUAUCUGACAAGAGUGAUGAUUAUAUCAAAUUGCCAUCAAUUGAAGUGCCUCUUAUAGAGAAAAUAGAAGAAGCAGAAUCUAAUGAUAUGGAGGAGGAAAUAAAUAUUGCUACUAAUGCCAAUGAAGAAACUAUUAUCCUGAUUGAUGAAGAGGAAGCUCUAGAAUUAGAUAAACAGUCAAAAGGAAAGCGAUUGGAAAGAGAAGACUCUUCUGAUAAAGAUAAUAUCAAGAAGAUAAGGACUACAAACACUAUUGAGGAUGAUAUAAUAGAACUAGAUUAA